AUUGGCCCGAGUAGUGCGGUCCGUGGACUUCCAAACUGCAGAGGAAGUGUGUUAUUUCUUUCUCUUUUUUGCUCACUCCAUUCUUCCUCCGCGAAACCAAACACAAAGCAAUGGAAUGGAAGAAUCAUAUUUGCCCUAAUUCUCCAUUUGUGUGGGAUGGAAUUACAUUCUCAGAGUGUUUUGAUAAUAUAGUUUUAGGAUUUGGUGCAAAUAUGGUGACUAUUCUUAUAAUUUCAAUACUUGCAAUUACUCGGAGAAGUGCCGGAAGGAUUCGCAGGAUGACCUUUACAAAAAAGGUUGUGUUGCAAUUUCUACCUGCCCUUGGAGCAUGUAUGUCAUUUAUGGACAUGGUUUUGCUUAUCAAGAAAGAACUUUAUGGAGAAUUUGUUGUUUAUGAUGAAUGGCUUUUCAGAAGUUCUCAAUUGGUAGUCUGGACAACCAUUAUAAUUUCUGCAAGGUGGGCCUGCUUCCAUGAAAUAUUUUGCAACCAGCUCAUUUGUUUCUGGUGGAUCAUGAAAGUGCUACUUGAAAUUGUUCAUCUGUACAAAACAUUUGCAUUAUUGGAGAGGGAGGUUUUCAGAUGCCUAAAAGAGAGUUCAGUUGUUUUGUUGGACAUCAUGUUUGGCUUAUCCAUUAACAUUAUCAGGAUAAAGCAAGCAUCUCAAAAAAGCAGUUCAAUAGAAGAUCCUCUUCUUGCAGCUGAUAUGGAUAUCGAGGGAGAUGGUCACUCCGGAAACACUCGGAGAUGUUGGGAUCUCAUGACAUUCAAAUCUAUCACUUCUUUGUUGAAGCGUGGUACCAUAAAGCAGCUUGACUUUGAAGAUUUGCUUUGGCUACCUAAUGACAUGGAACCUUCAACCUGUCAUGACAGAUUGUUAAGCUGCUGGCAAGUUCAGCUGAGGAGCUCUAAUCCCUUCUUGUUUAAAGCCAUUGGCUAUGCAUAUGGAUGGCCGUACUUUUGUAUUGGUUUAUUAAAGGUGUUCAAUGAUUUAAUUGGUUUUGCGGGACCGUUGCUUCUCAAUAAGCUCAUUCGGUUUCUUCAACAAGGUUCUGCACACCAGGAUGGCUAUGUUCUUGCACUAUCCUUGGGCCUUACAUCCAUCUUAAAAUCUUUCUUAGAUACACAAUAUACAUUUCAUCUUGCAAAGUUGAAGCUAAAGCUACGAUCUGGUAUUAUGACUGUAAUUUAUCAGAAGUGCCUAAGUGUUACCCUAGCAGAGCGAUCCAAAUUUUCUGAGGGGGAAGUACAGACGUUUAUGUCUGUAGAUGCUGAUCGAACUGUCAACUUGUGUAACAGUUUCCAUGAUGUAUGGAGCUUGCCUUUACAAAUUGGAGUAGCAUUGUAUCUUUUGUAUACCCAAGUCAAAUUUGCUUUUCUUUCUGGACUGGCAAUAACAAUCUUGCUAAUACCAGUGAAUAAAUGGAUUUCUGAGUUAAUUGCAACCGCUACUGAGAAAAUGAUGAAGCAAAAAGAUGAGAGGAUUAGAAGAACAGGAGAAAUUUUGACACAUAUUCGCACUUUAAAGAUGUAUGGCUGGGAGCAUCUUUUCUCUAGUUGGCUGAUGGAAACAAGGUCCUCAGAAGUGAAACACUUAGCUACACGGAAAUAUUUGGAUGCAUGGUGCGUUUUCUUUUGGGCUACGACACCAACUCUCUUCUCUUUGUUUACAUUUGGAAUUUUUACUUUGAUGGGGCAUCAACUUGAGGCUGCUACGGUCUUCACCUGUCUUGCUUUGUUCAAUAAUUUGAUAUCUCCUCUCAAUUCAUUCCCAUGGGUCAUCAAUGGAUUGAUUGAUGCACUUGUAUCAAUCCGGAGGUUGAGCAGGUUUCUCUGCUGUUCAGAGUACAGACGUGAAAUAGACCAAAAAGCUGAAUCUCCAUCUCUUUUCUUGAAUUACCAGUCUGACUCUACCUCUAAAGACAUGGCUGUUAUAAUGCAUGAUGCAUGCUGUGCUUGGUCAAGCAGUAAUGAACAGCAUCAGAAUCUGGUGUUAAAUCAUGCAACUCUAUCUCUUCCAAAGGGGUCAUUCAUUGCGAUAACUGGAGAGGUUGGUUCAGGCAAAUCAUCCUUAUUGGGUGCAAUAUUGGGGGAAAUGCGGCUUAUCCAUGGGUCAGUUCAUUCAAACGGAUCUAUAGCAUAUGUGCCACAGGUUCCGUGGAUCUUGUCUGGAACAGUACGUGACAAUAUUUUAUUUGGGAUGAACUAUGAACCAAAAAGAUAUUCAGAUACUAUAAAGGCUUGUGCGCUGGAUGUUGAUAUUUCAUUGAUGGUUGGAGGUGACAUGGCUUAUAUUGGAGAGAAAGGAGUCAACUUAUCUGGAGGACAGAGAGCUCGUCUUGCUUUGGCAAGAGCCAUUUAUCAGAGAUCAGAUGUAUAUAUACUUGAUGACGUCCUCAGUGCAGUUGAUUCUGAAGUUGGAAGGUGGAUUCUAUACAAUGUCAUCUUUGGCCCUCUUAUGGAUCAAAAGACCCGUGUUCUUUGUACCCAUAAUAUCCAGGCAAUAUCUUCUGCUGAUAUGAUUGUUGUAAUGGAUAAAGGAUAUGUGAAAUGGGUGGGAAGUUCGGCUGACUUGCCAAUAUCAUCAUAUUCCGCAUUUUCUCCGCAGAAUGAAUUUGAUACAUUACCAUAUGUUCAAGGGCAAGAAAUUAGCAUAGUUACUUCUAUUGAAGGCAGAAAAAGUCUCACUGGGGAGAAAGAAUCUAGCCACAUUUCAGAGGACGCACAAGAGAUCGUUGAAGUUGAGAUAAGGAAAGAGGGCAGAGUUGAACUUGCUGUAUACAAGAAUUACGCAGCAUUUUCCGGCUGGUCCAUAACAGUUGUAAUAUGCCUGUCAGCUAUUUUAAUGCAAGCUUCUCGUAAUGGAAAUGAUCUAUGGCUGUCCUAUUGGGUUGAUACCACUGCAAGUAGUCCAGCAGGCUACUCGACAUCCUUCUUUCUGGUUGUUCUCUGCAUCUUUUGUAUUAUAAAUUCAUCUCUUACACUGGUGAGGGCAUUUUCAUUUGCAUUUGGUGGGUUGCAUGCUGCAGUGAAAGUGCACAAUACUUUGCUCAGUAAGCUUAUUGACGCACCUGUGUGGUUCUUUGAUCAAACACCUGCUGGAAGAAUACUUAACAGGAUGUCUUCUGAUCUCUAUACAAUAGAUGAUUCUCUUCCUUUCAUUCUCAAUAUUCUCCUUGCCAAUUUUGUUGGCCUGUUGGGAAUAGCAAUAGUUUUGUCAUAUGUGCAGGUUGUCUUCUUGCUUUUAUUGUUACCAUUUUGGUUUAUUUACAGCAGGCUACAGUUUUUCUACAGAUCAACUUCAAGGGAACUGCGAAGACUGGACAGUGUUUCUCGUUCGCCUAUAUAUGCAACCUUCACAGAGACACUUGAUGGCUCCUCCACUAUAAGGGCAUUUAAUUCUGAGGACUACUUCUUUGCCAAAUUCACUGAGCAUGUGACCUUGUAUCAGCGAACUUCUUACUCAGAGAUAAUAGCAAGUUUGUGGCUUUCAUUGCGUCUCCAGUUGUUAGCAGCAUUUAUCAUCACAUUUGUUGCCAUGAUGGCUGUUGUUGGAUCCCGUGGAUAUUUACCAAUUAGUUUCGGUACUCCUGGGCUGGUAGGUUUGGCUCUCUCAUAUGCAGCUCCAAUUGUGUCAUUGUUAGGAAGCUUUUUAACAAGUUUUACUGAAACAGAGAAGGAAAUGGUUUCUGUUGAGAGAGCUCUUCAGUAUAUGGAUAUUCCCCAAGAAGAGCUUAGAGGAUCACUAUCUCUGAAUCCUAAUUGGCCAUUUCAAGGACAAAUCAAAUUUCAGAAUGUUACAAUGAGAUACAUGCCAUCUUUGCCUCCUGCACUAAAUUGUGUUACGUUUACCAUUCUAGGAGGGACACAGGUUGGGAUUGUUGGAAGAACAGGUGCUGGAAAAUCCAGUAUUUUGAAUGCCCUUUUCCGCCUCUCUCCUAUAUGUGGUGGUUGUAUUUUGGUUGAUAGCAUUAACAUAAUUGAUGUUCCUGUUAGAGAUCUCCGUUCACACUUUUCUGUUGUUCCCCAGAGUCCCUUCCUAUUUGAAGGAUCAUUAAGGGAAAACCUUGAUCCACUUCAGAUGACUAAUGACUUUGAAAUCUGGAGUAUUCUGGAGAAAUGCCAUGUCAAGGAGGAAGUAGAAAUGGCAGGUGGACUGGAUGUUCACAUAAAGCAAUCCAGAUCAUCUUUUUCCGUUGGGCAAAGGCAGCUGCUAUGCUUUGCACGUGCUCUUCUAAAGUCUUCCAAGGUACUUUGUUUGGAUGAAUGCACAGCUAGCGUUGACACUCAAACAGCUUCAGUACUACAACAUGCAAUAUCUACUGAAUGCAAAGGAAUGACAGUAAUCACAAUUGCUCACCGCAUUUCCAGCAUUAUGAAUAUGGACAACAUCCUUGUUCUUGACCGUGGGAAUGUGAUUGAGCAAGGUAAUCCACAAGCUCUUUUACAAGAUGAGUUUUCCAAAUUCUCAAGCUUUGCAAAAGCUUCUACCAUGUGAUACCUACUUGCUUAGGUCGCUAACUAUUAUAAUUAAACAUGUUUUUGCAUGGAAAGUCACCCUAUCCAUAAACAGCAGGUAGUGAUUGAAGCAUUACUGGAUAGUCAUUAUGGUUGGCGUUAAUGGCAUGUAAUAUAGGCUAUCAACUUUCUGUUGUCGAAACUAUAUAUAGAAAGACACUGUAUGUGGCUCUUUAAUGUAUUGACUCCCUGAAACUGUCGUAGUGGUUCACUAGAGCUAUGUAAGGCUAUAUAUGGAAAUGCAUUUCAUCACAGAAGACAAAAUUAUGAGACCCAAAAUUUAAAAUAG